AUGGGAGCGGAGUCAUUCUUCGCAAGGUAUGGCCCGAUCAAUGAUCGUGCGCCACCCUCAUCGCAGUCAUCAUACGACGUGCGAAUCUUCUACCCUGGCGCAGCGCUGCUGCCAGAGGACUACAUGAAAGGUCUGCGCUUGCACAUGCGUGUAAGCAGAUCGUACCCAUCAGGCACUGCUGCCUCUAAGGAUAGCAGUGCACUCCGUGGCUUGACCGUUGAAGGCAAAGCCUACUCUUCUGCCGAACUCAGCAAGCUUGUUGAGCACUUCCGCGGCAACGCUUGCACUCUCACUGGCGCCUCAUCACCCGUCAGCGCCCGUCUGUUUGUGCCAUCCCACCACUUCGUCGAGAUGACACUCUCGUCACACGAUCACACUGCUGUGGCCCUCAGCCACCCAGUUCGAGUCGCUCAAGGACGACAUCAUGGUCAACCCCAACGUGGCUGCCUCACGCGUCGUGCCCUUCAAGAAGCGCUCGAGCACCCGCACCCGCAAGGCGCGCAAGCAAGCUCAGUCCGCGUCCGCCAAGGCUACGCCUUCCAAGGCGACGCCCAACAAGCCCGCGGCUGA